GCCGCCAUGUUAGCUCUCCUCUGAGAGAGCAGAGAGACCAGCUCGGGAAACAAUUCAGCGCUACGGUCUCCAUCCAAAGCCGCUGCUUCGUUUUGCGUGUUGGGUUUAAGAAGGGUUCGGGGAAGCUUUAUGCAUCAGACUUAACCCAAGAGACUCGACCUCAGACCCGGGUUUGUCUGGGAGCCUGGUGUGUUUGUAUGUGUUUUUCCUUCUUUCCUGUGUGCGGCUAACACGUUAGCAUGAGCUCGUUGACUCAGCGGAGCUCCGGCCUCGUCCAGAGGCGCACCGAGGCCUCGCGCAGCGCCGCUGCCGCCGAUAGAGACAAGAGCGCGGGCGGAGAGGACGACGAGCACCGCCGAGACGAGCAGGAAGACGACGACGGCGGCGACUCCAAAGAAACCCGGCUGACCCUUAUGGAAGAAGUCCUGCUGCUGGGCUUGAAAGACCGCGAGGGCUACACUUCUUUCUGGAAUGACUGUAUAUCUUCAGGGCUGCGUGGCUGCAUGCUCAUUGAACUCGCCCUACGAGGGAGGCUGCAGCUGGAGGCCUGUGGCAUGAGGAGAAAAAGCCUUCUCGCCAGAAAGGUUAUCUGUAAAUCUGAUGCUCCAACCGGUGAUGUGCUCUUGGAUGAAGCUCUGAAACACAUUAAAGAGACCCAGCCGCCAGAGACUGUACAGAGCUGGAUCGAGCUCCUUAGUGGCGAGACAUGGAACCCGUUGAAGCUCCACUACCAGCUACGGAACGUGCGCGAACGCCUCGCCAAGAACCUGGUGGAAAAGGGCGUGCUCACCACAGAGAAGCAGAACUUCCUGCUGUUUGACAUGACGACGCACCCGCUCACCAACAGCAACAUCAAGCAGCGCCUCAUCAAGAAGGUACAAGAAGCCGUGCUGGACAAGUGGGUGAACGACCCACAGCGCAUGGACAAGCGUCUUCUGGCACUCAUCUUCCUGGCUCAUUCGUCCGACGUGCUGGAAAACGCAUUCGCGCCGCUUCUGGACGAGCAGUACGACCUGGCUAUGAAGAGGGUGCGGCAGCUGCUCGACCUCGAGCCUGAGGGUGAGAGCGUGAAGAGUAACGCCAACGAGCUGCUCUGGGCCGUCGUGGCUGCCUUCACCAAAUGAGGAUACACCAACAAAGCACUAAAAACAAACAUUUGACUGGUUACUGAAAAAAAAAAAAACCCAACAAAAAACAGGCAGAAAGGGUUGCAUCCGAAACGAACGAUAACUCUCGACAGACCUGUCUUAUUCACACACGCCCCGUACCGUACCCUACCCUACCGUAUUCCCCUUUCCUUGCUGAAAACUUGCUUCCCUUUUACGUUCUCCACACAGCCUUGAUCCAGCCAGAGGAAAGCAUGCCUGCUUUUUCCCCUCCUCCUUUCAUUCUUUUGUCCAGUUCAGUGCAUGACGGGGUUAUUCUCUUCCUGGACUGUCUGUCUGAACAUACAGGAGCAAUUUAUACCCUUUGCAUACCUGGACAAGUGGGCACUUUUUUUCCCCCCUCUUCCCCCUCCCCUUUUCUUUAAUUCUCUGCCCUUAAGGUAAUAUGGGUUUAUUUUCCUAACAACACAAGUACACAAAUUAUAGGACAGAAAGUAUCUCCUUCCAUUUUCGAGCUAUGCUACUGUUUGAACCUUUUCUCGAGAUCUUGAUAGAAAUACCUAAACCCACUAAGAAUGAUGAAAGAAUCAGAUGGUUUGGGUCUGGGAUGUACGGAAAAAUCUGUCUCAGAUGGUUUCAAAUUACUAUCCUCUACCAGACUUGGUGGUCUUGGUUCAAAGAUUGUGGAGCGCCAGUGAAACCACGAGAUUAUUAAUCACCAGAUACUCCCCUUGAGGCACAGAUUUGCUCCAGACCUGUAGUGUUAGAUCAGUGUAAUGGCUCUUGGAGUGUUUUUUUUUUUUUUUUUUUUUUUCCCCUCUUCUGAAAAUGAAACCAAGUUUGAUAAUUGAGUCGCCGCGUGGUGCGGUGCAGCUCUGCGUUAGUCGGUCGGCGCGUCUGGUUUCAGUCAGACGUGAUGGAACUCAAAGGCAGCCUCCUCAGCUAACGUUUAGCGUGUGGAUGUUCCUGGGGUAAAAUUAAACCAUUUGAUUAUGUAAAUCCCUUACGAUUCAUCACAAGUUCCCCGGACUCGACUUUCUGAAAUUUAUAUUGAUCAGUAGCAUAAAAGGUCUAUAUUUUUCAGUGUCGUAAAUUUCAUUAACACUUCGAGCGCUACCUCUCGGACCUCUCACGCUUCACUCUUUGUUGUUUUAACUGCCUCUUGCUGGCUUCAUCACUUUAGCAUCAUGAAUCUACAGUUUUCUUAUACAGCAUACAUGAAACCACCACUUUUAUGUGCCUAAUCUUGGUUACAGGACUCGUAACCUCCACAUUACAAUACGUACUGUAGCUAUUCCUCAACGUGACAUGACAUUCAUGAGCAACUGAGCGAAUUGCUUUUAAAAUCCUAGAUUUGUCCCUAAUAUUAAAUCUUGUGUGUGUCGGGAAUGUCCGUGAUUGAGGCUUUGUUAUUAUUAUUAUUUUUUCCUUCCUCCUUAUCCUUUGCAUAUGCUGUGUGAAGAAGGGAUUCUUUAUUUAAUUUUGGUAACAGAUAUCUACCUGCAUCUGGAGAGUAUUUUUAACACAUUACUGGCUUCCUUUAGACUGGAGUCCCAGCUAUCCACUCAAUCAACAAAACAACUGAUUCACACUGACAUUAACAUUUUACUUUUUUAUGUUAUGGUCAAAAGGAGGGGUUUAAACAGAGUAUGCAAUGAAAAGUUUGAUGCCAGUGUCAAUGUUGCAAGGUGGUCUAUCAAACCGUUUGCUACUUUUCAUCUUUAUGUAUUCCUCUCUUGCAAACUGAUUCACGAAUAAUAAAAUAAAUGGCCAUUUUGAUCGAGACUCACGUUUAUGCUUUAUGUUCCUUGUAACGGUCAUUAUAUUUAAUUCUGUUGUACGUGUUUGGUUUUCACGAGGCAGAUUGCACAGAGGCUUAACAACACAUUCCAGCUAAAUCUGUAGUUUUAUUUGUCAGCUAAUCCAGUAAGCGUCUAUAUUCUGAAAUACUGCGUUUUAUCCUGAGUUGAACAUUUUUUACUUUGCUUUUAAUGUUAACUGAGGAUGCCUUUGAUUUUUUUUUUUUCUGUUGAAUUUCGUGUUUCAUACGUUCUCAUUUUCUGCUGCCAAAUUUGUUUGUUUACUUGUUUUUUGGAAGCAAUAAUUUUACAUGCUUGCUUCUGCUUCAUUUGUUAUCCAUCUUGAUUUAAUGCUUACCUUGCUGUAAUUAGCUACUUCUAUACCUGUACGUCGCAGACUUUUUGGGCAAAGAAAAUUGAAAACGUGUAACUUUAGAGCCCACUAUGAAGGGACCCAUAUGUGUACACUUUCCUAUUUACCAAAUAAAUGAAGGUAUCGGGAGUGCCUCAAA